UGACAUUAUCGCGAUAGACAGCCUGUCUGUGUGCAGUUCCGCGGCGGGGGCCUGACGCUGGAAUGCGAAACUACAAGUUAUUUAGCCAAAACAAAAAAAUUGACAAACCUCGGCGCGCCAUUUCAGACAUAUCUCAACUCUCCUAGAGACUCAGCUAUGGUCUGAGCCAUGAGGGAGACGCUUAACAUAUGGGGAUGAGACGAGAUCGGGUAUUUCCGCAACUGCAGCUUUGGGCUCGUUGACUCUCUGUGUUGGCUCAGGAUGGCGCAGGGAGGCUCUCAGCUCGACUACCACAUCCUGCAGGACCUCAAGCAGCGUUUCCCAGAGAUCCCAGAAGGGGUAGUGUCACAGUGCCUUCUGCAGAACAACAACAACCUGGAUCUCUGCUGCCACCUGCUGGCUCAGGAGAGUAAUAGAUACCUGUAUGGAGAGUUCCAUCACAGUCCAGAGGAGGGACGACUGAGCCGAAACCACAUGCUACACAUUAGCCUGGGCUACCCAGGCUCAGAGGCAAGCAAGGCAAAUGGAGGAGCAGCAGGAGUAGGGCGCUCUCUAGUGCACAGCACUAGUGACAGUCACAUCGAACCCCAGCGGCCCAGCUACCCUGAGCCCCUGUCAGCCCCUGCCACCAUGGCCCCCUCCCCGGGUUACAAUCCUUUCUUUAUGAACGAUCAGAGUCGCUCGGCCAGCACUCCCACUCCUCCACCCUCAAUGCAGGGCAUGUCUCCCACAUACUCCCCUGUCCCACGUUAUACUAUGAACCCUAUAACAGUCACACUCUCACAAAGUAUACCUACUGUCCCACAGGCUCUGCAGAUUCCUCCUGGGCACUACGCUAACAGCACCAACACCACCCUGUAUAUUCGACCCUCACCCUCCCAGAGCCCACAGCCAGCGCCUUGGUCAUCUUCAGGAGCGGCUGUCUAUCAGCAUCAGCAGUCCCCCUACAGUACUCCCACAUAUGGCUCACCUUACAGCUCCCCACAGCAUCAGGUCCAGCCCCAGCCACAGCCCCAGCCACAGCCCCAGCCACAACCCCAGCACCAGCAAUAUGUCUUCCUUCCUAUUAGCUCCCCAACCAUUCCCAGCAUGCCCUACCAUCACCAGCAACAACCCCAGCAACAGCCAGCUGUUUACAGACCCUACCACACAAAAAGCUCCCUAAAGAACCAGAUAGAAAUUACCCUGGAGGGUCCAAGACCACGCAGCAACUCACCUGUGCACACCCCUCACCCCCAAGGAGCGCUUUACAUGCCCACCAGCCCCUCGCCCAGCUCCCCUUCGAGGGGCAUCACUAUGAGUGGACCUCCAGGCCCUGCAGCCUUUCACCCUGGGAUGUACCUGCAGCACCAGGGCGCCACAAGGCCUCGGCCUGCCUCCUCUCCUCAACCAGGCCAAUCAGCCUACACUUUCAAAAUCAAAGUGUCCCCUGGAGGUCAGGCCCAGAGGCCGCCCAGCUCACCUCCUGUGGCCGAAGCUGAGUCUCUUCUCAACAUAGUAGACCAAGGAGAGCACAGUGCUGCCCCUGCACCCAUUUUACCCAUCUCCGCUCUACCAGGGAACAUUGCCAGUCAGUUUCACCAAAUGCCCCGACGUUCAAGCUCAGGCUCUGAUGACUAUGCCUACACACAAGCUCUCCUGCUCCACCAGCGGGCCAGGAUGGAGCGUCUAAUGAAGGAGUUGAUGCUGGAGAAGCAGAAACUAGAGCAGCUCAAGGCUGAUGUCAACAACAUGGAAUACGAUGCCCUUCAAAGACGCUUUCGACGAGUCAAUUCGACCAGUCUUAUACCCAGACCUGAAGAGAUGACCCGAUUGCGGAGUCUGAACAGACAGCUUCAGAUUGAUAUCGACUGUACCCUGAAGGAGACAGAUCUACUGCAGUCUAGAGCAUUGAUCUUGAAAGAGCCAAGCCCAGAAGCAGACAGAGUCGGGUCCAAAGUGAUGGAUGGGGCUCCAUCUCACUGCAUACAGAUGCAGCAUUCUAACAUGACCGGCUGGUCUGUGACAGGACACAGGCUGAUCCAUGGUUGACCCUCAUUGGGUCUGUGCACAGUGUUUGGCUGGUACGUGAUCCCUGUCGAUUACGUAAUUGAUAACAGUACUGCCUCGAAAUGCCCCUAACCACACUGUGGAAAUUAGUUGCGAUGGUUUAUCUAUUUACCUGGUGUGGUGAAGUUAGAUGCUGAAACACUGUAAAUGGCAGCAGGAUCCAGAGUGUGACCAAUUUACUUGCAAUUAGCCCAGUGCCACUGAACAUUUGGGCUGUGGUCUUUUUGGAAAACAAAUCCCUUCCCAAGUCACGGUUGUCUUGCAGACUGCAGCAGGGUUUCCUCCGGGAUUUAUUUGUACUUUACUGUGUUUAUCUGACCCUCUACCUUAACACGCUUUGCAGGGCCUUCUGUAGAGAAGCAUCCCCACAGCAUGAUGCUGCCACGUCAGGCUUCAUGGUUGGGAUGGCAUAUUUCUGGUGAUGUGUAUUGUUUGGAUUAGAGCCCAACCGGUACAGGAUUUUUCAGGAUGAUACCAAUUUUGAUAUUUGAUAAAUCUGAUAACGAUGUAUUGGGCAGUAUUGUAUUAUUAUGAUGAUUAUUAUUGUUGUUGUUGUUGUUGUUGUUGUUUUUACAAACGCAUGAGCAAAGAUUUUUAAUAAGUAUCCUUUUCAUUUAGUUAUUGAGGGAGGAUGGGGACUGUCUGAAUCAGCUUUCACUGUCAUUCAUUGUCAUUGUUUAUGUCAAGUAUUUUUCUGCUGGUCUAAUAAUAUUCCCUCUCAUAUAACCAGUUCUAGCCAGCUGUUUUGAAAUGUGAUGGUCAGACAUUAAUUAUCAAGGUUUUUGUUAAUUCUGAAAAGGUGUUGUGAUUCAGUUUUAAAAUUUUGAGACAAACUACCAGUGUAAAUAACUUUGGUCAAAGUUGUGAGUAUUUGCAAUGCACUGACUGUAACUGGACUGAUGCGAGUGGAUAUAUUUACCAUUAUGUCAUUUAGGCAGAAUGAUUAUAAUGCUAUAUGUUAACAGCUUGUUAGCUGCCUUCCACUUACAAGCCAUGCUAGAAUUGUGGCUAACUAAUUAAAAAGCUGUGAGCAAGAAAAUUAUCUUACUGUUUAUUUCACAUAAACAUAAAAUCAAGUUUGUCAACCUAUAGCCUAAAUAAAACAGGAUUAGAACUGUUUUAUGUUAUAAAUACAACUAAAUACCAUUUCUAGAGCUGCAACAGUGAUGUUAACAGCAACUCUAUAAACUCAAUAUCUUACUGGAAAGAAAUCUAAAAUGUCAGUAAAAUAAAUAAUACAUCUGAUAUUAUCUAAAGUUUAGAGAGAAUGACAAACACAGACAUCAGUAAGUAUUAGUCCUUCCUUCUGUCCCCUGUCGUCCUCCCUCUGCUGCUGGUAGAGAGAGGACGGGCUGCUUUGUCUCAGUCAGUAACUCAGUUUAAGAUUUGUGGAAAACUGAGAUAAUCCGUUAGACGACGUACAGACAACUUUCGUUUUAGCUUCUUCAUAACAAGACGCUAUUAGCUCAACUACUGCGCUGUGGUUGUGUAAAGCAUGCUGGGACACUGCGGACAAAACGGUAAAAAAAAAAAUGCUUGUUGAACAGGUUUGAUAAUGUACUUAUUGGCCUUUUACUUUUUAUUGCACUGUUGCACAGUAACUUAAACUACAGUAGGCUAAUAGUUGCCACCUUGAGUAAUCUUUGAGUUAUCUGUUAGUCAGGGUGUGCAUGAGAGCGUGCUUAGCGUAUGUGCCAGGGGACUGUGCUCUACCGUAGCUGACCCAACCUAGCUGAGUUUUUAUUUGUUUGUCACAACAUGAAGCAAUGGAGCUUGGCGAUAAAAAUAUUUCCAGGGGAGCACCUUAUAUACGGUAUCUCAAAACAGCCUGUUUACCGAGAGAACUUUGUUUGCAGAAAGUUCAAUCCGAUUGCAAAAAUAAAUCGAUAAGUCAAGUUAACAUCUGAGUAUAAGCCUGUAGCAGUCUUAUAUUUCUGCUUAGUGCUAAAACUGCGUAGUCUACUCUAAGCAGACAAUAAAAUCUAAUGUUGAUAAUUGUUUCAUAAAUCAUAUUUGGAAAAAGCAUCUCUGUUUAUAUGAGCACUCUAGAAAGUGAACUUAUACGGUGUCUCUUAUGUCAAGUGAAGAAAAAAUAAGGCGCCACCUUCUGGUAAAAUCCUGUAAAUGUGUGAAUUGUGUUUGAGUUGGCUUAUUUAUUGUAGCAGCAGUACUGGGGGGGAAAAAACGCAAGAAGGACUGAGUUGGUUGGGGCAUGUUGCUUCAGGUGCCAGUGAGAUGAUUAAAUACAAUCCAGGACGGUCAGUUUGACCAAUGGAACUAUGAACUUUUCGAUGCCAAAACAUUUCACCGCAGUUUAUAACACAUAGAGACAGGGUUUUACAACUCAGUCAGGCUCAGUUUUUACUGCAAUAAUCAUUUUUAUCUCCCCGUCAUGAUGAUCCUGAUGUAAACACCAGAAUUACGUUGUUCAUGUUACAAAUUGGUCUAACAGGAAUGUGUGUGCACUUGCAUAAAUUUGAUUGGCCAAUAUAGUGCGUAGCCAGACGAUGUUUCAUUAUGUUGCUGUAAAAAUUUAGCUAGGUUCAGCUUUUUUGACCCUGCAUUCUGUUUUUUGCCUUGGUAAUGUGCGUGACAAUGAAUGAGGAGGCUGCUUUUGUAUUUCUGAACACAACAGCUUGUCAGGAGGCCCGAAGAGUGAAGCUGGAUUUCUGGCUGGGAUGGGCACUUCUAAACAAACCUCAGUAUCUGAUUUC